CGCUUCGCCUCUUCCUCUCUACUGCUAGGACUAUCUGUGACCAAAUUCCGUCAAAAAAAACGACCACAUAACUGGUUUGCACAGUCACCGCAAGCUAUCUACAAUUACAUUUACAUUUUAGCAAUUUAGCAGACGCUCUUAUCCAGAGCGACUUACAGUUAUCUAGUCUUCGGCAAUAUGGCACUUUUUCAUUUGAUUGCAAGUUGGAUCGGUUAUUUGCUUAUAUGCCUGCUUGGUUUGAUUUUGAUCGCGUUUCUCAUUUUUUGUCUUUACAUAAAAUAUAUUCAUCUGAAAUAUGAUCACAUACCGGGACCACCAAGGGAUAGGUGAGUCAGUAUUAUGUAACUUGAAUAUUUCUUUUAAAACGAUGUAGCUAAAUAUUAGUUUCAACUAUAUUGAGUGACAACAUAAUGCAUCAGAUUUGUUGAUAAGGAACUAGGUGAAAGUUAACCUCAACAGCCGCUAGGGUCGCUGUUUCACCUGUCUUUUUCAUUUUCACAAGGUGAAAGUAUCUCUCAUGUCAUAACAUCCUUAUUUUUCAGUUAUGGAUUAAACCGUCUCUUGUUCUCCCCCAGUUUUAUAUUUGGACAUUCCCCAACCAUUCUGCGUGAGAUGAGCAAUGGUCGAGUUAUCCACGACAAAUUCCUGGAAUGGUGAGUUGAACGCUGGAGCAGCAGUGGUCACACACAGAUGCACACACAUUGAAUCAGGUGUCGUGAAUCCUGGGACAAUAAAGAUCUAUUGUAUCUUUGACAGGUCUGAGACAUAUGGACCUGUGUACCGUAUUAAUGGGUUGCAUGUUGUGAUGCUGUGUGUCACCUGUCCUGAUACCACCAAGGUAAACCUGGGAAAUUACUAUAAUUAUAAUCUCUGAUGGACAGACUAUGUAAUCAUCUGACCAAAUUAAGCAAGAUUCUAGUUCUGGGUUAACUGAGAUUAGUGUAAUUCUAAAUUUUAGCAUGUUAAUUUCUGAAAUGAAAGUGCUGUAAAAUAACCAAUUUCCUCAAUUCCCCCUUCAAACCAAACUCACACUUUGCUUUGUCUCCACAGGAAGUCCUGAUGUCACCAAAGUACCCCAAAGACUCACUGGUCUACAAGCGUCUCUUCAACCUGUUUGGACAGAGGUGAGUCCUCAGUAUUGUUUUAUUAAUGUUAUCUAAAUAUACUUCCUACUACUACUUAUUGUGUCAACGUUUUGGUCAGUACAAACUCUUUCAACACAAUCCCUCCUAAUGCUGGUAAUUGCAUGCGUAGCCUACACAGCAUAUAGACAUUCAAAUAGGACAACUUGGUCACUGGUCAGUUGAUUCAGUGUUAGGGUAAAUACUCUGUUGUCCUUCUUCUCCAUAGGUUUUUGGGAAGUGGCCUGGUCACAGCACAGAAUCAUGAUGUGUGGUACAAACAGCGAAGAAUAAUGGACCCUGCCUUCAGCAGUCUGUAAGUCACUUAUCCAUUUCACAUGAUGUAAUAAUCAGUUGAUCACUCCAUUGAUCAAUCCAUCCAGCCAUCCAUCUGUUCAUCCAUCCAUCCAUCAUUGCUGUGUAUUGCUAGGUACCUGCGGGGUCAGAUGGGUGCGUUCAACGAGAGGGCAGAGAACCUGAUGGAUAAACUGGCGGACAUGGCUGACACCAACACAGCUGCCAACAUGCACCACUUGUUCAACCGUGUGACAUUGGAUGUCAUCACUAAGGUAACAGUCACGUCCUGUUCCCCUCAGAUCACCACACUGCCCUUACACUUGAUUCUUUCUGUUAUAAAGCUACAUUUGUUUCUAUAUUUGACAAUAAAAUAGUCAUAACAGGCUGUAUUUUGCUUAUGACAACUGAUAACACACUCAUUACCUAAGCUAUAUACAAUUUAGUCUAAGCAAGCCAAUGUGCUAGCUAUAAUUAGCAUAACUAGAACCAGGAGUUUUACCUUAUCAUGUUGUAAGAAGUUGUCAAUCCUCUGUUUUUAUAUCAUCUGUAGGUGGCGUUUGGAGUGGAGCUGGAUCUGCUGAAGGCGAGUGACACUCCAUUCCCCAACGCCAUAGAGAUGUGUCUGAAGGGAAUGGUCCACUAUCUCAGAGACUCCACCUUCCAGGUAAAUAGUUACAUAAAGUAUGUUAGUGAUGCUUCUCAGGAAUGAUGGCUUUAUUAAUUUAUCUAUUUGAAAUCCUACAGUUUCAUGAGAACAACAUCCUAUUUAAUAAGAAACAAAUACAGUUAAAACAUUGACACUCAUGAAUAGUUAUGUCUAAUGCACCCUAGUCUCUUGUUGCCAUCCUUCCGAGUAGGAAGCCUGUAAGAUGUGGCUAAAUGCACCAUAAUGCAUUUUAUAGCGUCAGUCCCCAGAUGGGCUUUAAAGAAAUGGUUGGAUGUCAUAUUUCCAGCUCUACCCAAAGAACAAGAAGUUCAUCAACGAGGUGAAGGAGUCUGUUCAGCUGCUGCGUUCGACAGGCAGACAGUGGAUCAACCAGAGGAAAAUGGCCGUCCAAAAUGGCGAGGACGUUCCAAAAGACAUCCUCACACAGAUCCUCAAGACGGCUGGCAAAGGCAUGUUGUAGUAGCCUGAUCCCAGAUCUGUUUGUUCUGUCUUGCCAACUCCUGCCACUGUUCAUGACAAGACCUUUUACCUGUGGCUCUGCAUGUGAAAUUGUGAGACAAGUGCUUGCCAAAACAGUCCUGUUAUUGAUGAGGUUCAGUAGCACUAUUGUCUCAAUGCUGUAAACUGAUAUAUAUCCAUCAUUUCAGAGGAAAACAUAGCAAACGAUGAUGAGGAGGUUAUGCUGGACAACUUUGUGACGUUCUUCAUUGCGGGUACGUCUCCCUGAAACAAGUGCUAUUCUUCAUUUUUUUAUGAAUCCAUCUUAGUAAUAUAGUUUUUCCCACACAAUUGAUAUUUAAAGAAACUACAGUGACAGUACUUUUGUUGUUUUAAUCUUGACAGGGCAAGAGACAACAGCCAAUCAACUAGCUUUUGCAGUUAUGGAACUGGGAAGGCUGCCAGAGAUAUUGACAAAGUAGGACUUGUUUUCAUAAUUUAUAUUUUGGUUAUUGAUCAUUUCUGUAAUAAAAACAGGUUGGUUGAGUUUGUGAGUGUCUCUGACCUCUCCAGGGUGAAGCAGGAAGUGGAUGAUGUCAUCGGGAUGAAACAGGAAAUCAGCUUUGACGACCUGGGGAAAAUGACCUACCUGUCUCAGGUAAAUGACCUACCUGUCCCAGGUCUGUUUGUGCUGUCUUGUCAUUGAUGUGACAGUGACAGCAAUGGAGCUACAAACCAGAUCCAGGAUUUAGAAUAUGAACUGACAUCUAUAAACAGAAACCAUGUUGUACGUUAUACGAUGUUGUACGAUGGCUGAUAGAAUGGCGCCGGAGGAGAUGGCUGCCGUUUUACGGGCUCCUAACCAAUUGUGCUAUUUUGUGUGUUUUUUUGCGUUGUUUGUGACUUAUUUUGUACAUAAUGUUUCUGUAAGCUAUAAAAACAAAGAGUCGCACACUCUGUCACCGUCUCUUAUGACCGAAAAGAGCUUCUGGAUAUCAGAACAGCGAUUACUCACCUCGAACUGGACAAAGAUUUUUUCUUUAACGAGUCUGAUGUGAAGGACCAGGCCCAAAUCGCCAUCAUUCACAUGAAGAAGAGACGCCGAUACAGGGGACGCAGGUCCGGGUGCCUUGUGAGAAUUCGUCGGUGAGUGGGUAACCUGUCGUAUUGGCCAACGUGCAAUCAUUGGAGAAUAAACUGGAUGAGCUCCGUUCCAGACAAUCCUACCAACGGGACAUUAAAAACUGUAAUAUCUUAUGUUUCACAGUCGUGGUUUAACGACAACAUGGAUAAUAUACAGUUGGCUGGGUUUUUCGUGCAUCGGCAAGACAGAACAGCUGUCUCCGGUAAGACAAGGGGUGGCGGUCUGUGUCUAUUUGUCAAUAACAGCUGGUGCACGAAAUCUAAUAUUAAGGAAGUCUCGAGGUUUUGCUCAACUGAGGUAGAGUAUCUCAUGAUAAGCUAUAGACCACACUAUUUACAAUGAGAGUUUUCAUCUAUAUUUUUCGUAGCUGUCUAUUUACCACCACAACCGAUGCUGGCACUAAGACCGCACUCAACGAGCUGUAUAAGGCCAUAAGCAAACAAGAAAAUGCUCAUCCAGAGGCGGCGCUCCUAGUGGCCGGGGACUUUAAUGCAGGGAAACUUACCUAAUUUCUACCAGCAUGUCACAUGUGCAACCAAAUAAAUAGAUAACUCUAGACCACCUUUACUCCACACACAGAGAUGCGUACAAAGCUCUCCCUCACCCUCCAUUUGGCAAAUCUGAACAUAAUUCUAUCCUCCUGAUUCCUGUUUACAAGCAAAAACUAAAGCAGGAAGUACCAGUGAUUCGCUCAAUACGGAAGUGGUCAGACGACGCAGAUACUAAGCUACAUUACUGUUUUUCUAGCACAGACUGGAAUAUGUUCCGGGAUUCAUCCGAUGGCAUUGACGAGUAUACCACAUCAGUCACCGGCUUCAUCAAUAAGUGCAUCGAUGACGUCGUCCCCACAGUGACCUUACGUACAUACCCCAACAUGAAGCCAUGGAUUAUAGGCAACAUCCGCACUGAGUUAAAGGGUAGAGCUGCCGCUUUCAAGGAGCUGGACUCUAACCUUGACGCUUAUAAGAAAUCCCUUUAUGCCCUCCAACAAACAAUCAAACAGGCAAAGCGUCAAUACAGGACUAAGAUUGAAUCCUACUACACUGGCUCCGACACUCGUUGAAUGUGGCAGAGCCUGCAAACUAUUACGGACUACAAAGGGAAGCCCAUCCAUGAGCUGCCCAGUGACACAAGCCUACCAGACAAGCUAAAUUACUUCUAUGUGCGCUUCGAGGCAAGCAACACUGAAGCAUGCAUGAGAUCACCAGCUGUUCUGGGUGACUGUGUGAUCACGCUCUCCGUAGCUGAUGUGAGUAAGACCUUUAAAUAGGUCAACAUUCACAAGGCUGCAGGGCCAGACGGAUUACCAGGACUCGUACUCAGAGCAUGCUCUGAUCAACUGGCAAGUGUCUUCACUGACAUUUUCAACCUGUCCCUGACCGAGUGUGUAAUACCUACAUGUUUCAAACAGACCACCAUAGUCUCUGUGCCCAAAAACACCAAGGUAACCUGCCUAAAUAACUAUCGACCCGUAGCACUCACGUCUGUAGCCAUGAAGUUCUUUGAAAGGCUGGUCUUGGCUCACAUCAACACCAUCAUCCCAGAAACCCUAGACCCACUCCAAAUUGCAUACCACCCCAACAGAUCGACAGAUGAUGCAAUCUCUAUUGCACUCCCCACAUACUGGCCUUUCACACCUGGACAAAAGGAAAACCUACGUGAAAAUUCUGUUAAUUGACUACAGCUCAGCGUUCAACACCAUAGUGCCCUCAAAGCUCAUCACUAAGCUAAGGACCCUGGGACUAAACAUCUCCCUCUGCAACUGGAUCCUGGACUUCCUGAUGGGCCGCCCCCAGGUGGUAAGGGUAGGCAACAACACAUCUGCCACACUGAUCCUCAACACGGGUGCCCCUCAGUGUGCUUAGUCCCCUCCUGUACUAAUAUUUUCUCAACUGUUAUUUUUCUUGAAACUGCAUUGUUGGUUAAGGGCUUGAAAGUAAGCAUUUCACAGUAAACCUGUUGUAUUCGGCGCAUUUGACAGAUAAAAUUAGAUUUGAUACUAAUUACUAGUAUGCUAUUUUAUACAAUGCUAUACUUGUACUAUAUUAACAGCAGUUGUGUGACCAACUGGAUGUUAUCCCGGUUCGUCUGCAUGCUGCAAGACUGUAUUAGCCGGCUGAGCUAAAGCCUAGGCAUUGCAUCCCAUUAUCAACAUUGUAUCCACUUCAUUUCAACCCAAAAAAUAAAUGUGAUGACUUGGAAAACUGAUUGGAUUUGCAAAAAGUCAUCAAUGUAAGGGCAUUCUUUUAACCAAAAUCCAAUGACAUGGUGACAAUGUUUGUUGAUUUCAAGUUGAAUUCACGUUGACAACUCAAUCAAAUGUAAAUCGAAACUAGACGUUGAAUUGACGUCUGUUCCCAGUGGGAUUUAGCUAAGGGAGCUAACGUAAGUGUUCAAGUCUCAGGUCAGGUAACUCUUCACAUGGUUAAUCAGCAUGUUGUGUUUGAUUAAUAUAAUCUCCCCCGUCAGGUUUUGAAGGAGACUCUAAGGUUGUACCCUACAGCACCAGGCACUUCUCGCUUCAUCCCCAACGACAUCGUCAUCAACGGCAUCCCCGUCCCAGCAGGAGUCUCAUGCUUCGUGAGUAGUCACCUCAAAAUCAAUGUGGAUGAGUGUUGUUGUAUGUUAAAGGGAUACAUGCUAGCAGAUACCCAUAGACUUCGUCAUUGCGCUAAUGCUAGUUAGCAUUUGCUCGCAAAACUCCCUCUAACUUCCUUCAUACUGGACACAGACACAUAAAAUGGUAUCCACAAGUUCAUCUGACUCUUGGGAAGUAGAUUAAAAUCCCAAAGUACCCCUUUAAUAUCUCUAAGUUUAGUGGUGGUGUUAACAUGUGAUACACUGUGGUACCUCAAUAUAGUAAAGUAAGUAUCGUUGUCCAAGCCAGUAUGGUUCAUACCUCAAUGUACUCUUAAUUAUUUAAGAAUUCUUCUAUAAUUUACUUUUUUCCUGUUAUACUGUAAUGAAACCAUGAAAAGUAGUGCAACUAAGCUGAGCGCUGGGUGUUUGAAUGUAAACCCAAUGUAAGUGUUUUAAUACACAGACUGUGUUUUAAAACAGACAUGUUGGAACUCAAUCACCCAAAGUGGUUCUUCAACCUUAAUAUUGGUGUUUUUAAGAGAGUGUUGUGAAAACACUUUUUGGGGUUUCAGUGAAUGUAAAAGGCAGCAUCAAUACACAAAAACUGUGUUGCUCAUACAAUCAAUGGUUUAGAAAUGCAAAUUUUUAUAGCCUAAAUAUUGAUUGAUGAUGAGGGCCUAUGGAGAAUAUUUUUGGUGGAAUUCCACCAGAUUAAAAAAAAGAUGCUUUAUUUUGACAGAUUAGAAACAGGAAAUGUUACCCACUCAACCACGCAGCCACACUAAGAAAUGUUUCUGGGGUGAAUUAAAAUCAACAACAAAAAAAUCAACAAACAUAUACUUCAUAAAAAUGAAUAUAAGUCGUGCAGAGCCCGUGGUCUAGCAGUAACACACCAGGCUUAGACAGGUCACCCCUUGCCCACCGAAGACCGGGGUUAAAUUCCCCUCUCCCACCUACAGUGGGCAAAAAAAGUAUUUAGUCAGCCACCAAUUGUGCAAGUUCUCCCACUUAAAAAGAUGAGAGAGGCCUGUAAUUUUCAUCAUAGGUACACGUCAACUAUGACAGACAAAAUGAUAUUUUCUUCCUCCAGAAAAUCACAUUGUAGGAUUUUUAAUGAAUUUAUUUGCAAAUUAUGGUGGAAAAUAAGUAUUUGGUCAAUAACAAAGUUUCUCAAUACUUUGUUAUAUACCCUUUGUUGGCAAUGACACAGGUCAAACAUGUUCUGUAAGUCUUCACAAGGUUAUCACACACUGUUGCUGGUAUUUUGGCCCAAUCCUCCAUGCAGAUCUCCUCUAGAGCAGUGAUGUUUUGGGGCUAUCGCUGGGCAACACAGGACUUUCAACUCCCUCCAAAGAUUUUCUAUGGGGUUGAGAUCUGGAGACUGGCUAGGCCACUCCAGGACCUUGAAAUGCUUCUUACGAAGCCACUCCUUCGUUGCCCAGGCGGUGUGUUUGGGAUCAUUGUCAUGCUGAAAGACCCAGCCACGUUUCAGCUUCAAUGCCCUUGCUGAAGGAAGGAGGUUUUCACUCAAAAUCUCACGAUACAUGGCCCCAUUCAUUCUUUCCUUUACACGGAUCAGUCGUCCUGGUCCCUUUGCAGAAAAACAGCCCCAAAGCAUGAUGUUUCCACCCCCAUGCUUCACAGUAGGUAUGGUGUUCUUUGGAUGCAACUCAGCAUUCUUUGUCCUCCAAACACGACGAGUUGAGUUUUAACCAAAAAGUUAUAUUUUGGUUUCAUCUGACCAUAUGACAUUCUCCCAAUCCUCUUCUGGAUCAUCCAAAUGCACUCUAGCAAACUUCAGACGGGCCUGGACAUGUACUGGCUUAAGCAGGGGGACACAUCUGGCACUGCAGGAUUUGAGUCCCUAGCGGCGUAGUGUGUUACUGAUGGUAGGGUUUGUUACUUUGGUCCCAGCUCUCUGCAGGUCAUUCACUAGGUCCCCCCGUGUGGGUCUGGGAUUUUUGCUCACCGUUCUUGUGAUCAUUUUGACCCCACAGGGUGAGAUCUUGCGUGGAGCCCCAGAUCGAGGGAGAUUAUCAGUGGUCUUGUAUGUCUUCCAUUUCCUAAUAAUUGCUCCCACAGUUGAUUUCUUCAAACCAAGCUGCUUACCUAUUGCAGAUUCAGUCUUCCCAGCCUGGUGCAGGUCUACAAUUUUGUUUCUGGUGUCCUUUGACAGCUCUUUGGUCUUGGCCAUAGUGGAGUUUGGAGUGUGACUGUUUGAGGUUGUGGACAGGUGUCUUUUAUACUGAGAACAAGUUCAAACAGGUGCCAUUAAUACAGGUAACGAGUGGAGGACAGAGGAGCCUCUUAAAGAAGAAGUUACAGGUCUGUGAGAGCCAGAAAUCUUGCUUGUUUGUAGGUGACCAAAUACUUAUUUUCCACCAUAAUUUGCAAAUAAAUUCAUAAAAAAUCCUACAAUGUGAUUUGUCUGUCAUAGUUGACGUGUACCUAUGAUGAAAAUUACAGCCCUCUCUCAUCUUUUUAAGUGGGAGAACUUGUACAAUUGGUGGCUGACUAAAUACUUUUUUCCCCCACUGUAUCUGUAUCCACUCUGUCGUUUCAUAACUGUGUCAAUAAUGUGUCAAAUAACCCCAAAAUAAAUAUUUUUAUUUUCAUGCAAGUCAUUUCAAUGAUUUGUUCAUUUCAUUUUAGCAAAAUAAUGUAAAUCCAACUUUUAAUAUGUUGCUCAAAAUGUAAGUAUCUUUCAUGAGGAUAACCAAGAGAGAGACAAUAGUGAUUGAACCCAUUGGAAGUCUUUGGUUUUAAUCUCCUUGCAUUUCCUAUCUUGACGCGUGACUCUGUUUUUAAUGGAUUGUGGGUAAUUCAACGUUUUUAGAAUAUGAUUCUUUCACACAAUGUUGUAUGCAUGUUUUGAAGAAAGAAAACGAUAUUUCUACAUUGGUAUUAAGCAGUUUGUUGUACCAUGUGGUGUAAUGUAUCAUGAUGAACGAAUAUCAAAACCAUCAGUAAAAUUGACGUUCAAUGAGGACAGCACCCAUUCCCACAUUCUUGCUUUUCAGUUGAAGAGGCAAGUGCAGAGUCCUCAGUUCUUGCAGUUCAACCUCCAGUUAGUGCUGGUGGUUUGAACGCUGUGCUUGACAAUGCCUGCCAAAAUGGUAUACAGUAUAAUGGCAAAUGAUCAAAUACAUAACACAAUGUUAAACAUUAAGACACCAGACAAAGGGAUCUAAUUCUGCACUAGACAGGACUCAAAACACCAAAAUACUGUUUUCAACCUUUACUGUUAUAAUAAUAAUAAUAAUAUGCCAUUUAGCAGACGCUUUUAUCCAAAGCGACUUACAGUCAUGCGUGCAUACAUUUUUGUGUAUGGAUGGUCCCAGAGAUCGAACCCACUACCUUGGCGUUACAAGCGCCGUGCUCUACCAGCUGAGCUACAGAGGACCACUGUUAAUGCUCCCAGUCCUUGGCAAGGUGUUGCACAAUAUUUGAUUUAGUGAUGUUACAUCACACCAUGUAACGUUUCAAAACAUCUCAGGGUGAUGUGUUUCAAUACUCCAGCAAAGUUAAGGUUUCGUCUCCUUCAAGUUGGUGGCAGCUCAAUUUGGUGUUACAAAGCACUUCAUUUUAACAGUGUAGUCAACACCUCAUUAACUAUUUUGGGUUUGGAAUUUUAUUUAAUUUUAUUUCCUAAACUGUCUUACAUCUUUUAUGUUUGCCCCUAUCUUGUCUGUUUACAGUUCAGUUCGUAUGUCUGUGGAAGGUUGGAUAAGUUCUUUGAGGACCCGCUGAAGUUUGACCCAGAGAGGUUCCAUCCAGACGCUGCCAAGUAAGUCACCCGAUACAUUUGUAUUGUUUUAUUGUUUCUUUACAACAUUUUAAUUGAUUAAAGCAGAACUUCUCUCGUUGAAAACGGCAUACAGUGCAUUCGUAAAGUAUUCAGACCCGUUUAAAAACGUGACAGCCUUAUUCUUAAAUGGAUUAAAAAAACAAUUUUCCUCGUCAAUCUACACACAAUACCCCCUAAUGACAAAGAGAAAACAGGUUUUUAGAAAUGUUUGCAAAUGUAUUAAAAAUAAAAAAACUGAAAUACCUUUAUUUACAUAAGUAUUCAGACCCUUUGCUAUGAGAUUCGAAAUUGAGCUCAGGUGCAUCCUGUUUGCAUUGAUCAUCCUUGAGCUGUUUCUACAACUUGAUUGGAGUCCACUUGUGGUAAAUUCAAUUGAUUGGAAAAAUUAAAACAAGCCAUGAGGUCGAAGGAAUUGUCCAUAGAGCUCCGAGACAGGAUUGUGUCGAUGCACAGUUCUGGGGAAGGAUACCAAAAAAUGUCUGCAGCAUUGACGGUCCCCAAAAUAACAGUGUCCUCCAUCAUUCUUAAAUGGAAGAAGUUUGGAGCCACCAAGACUCUUCCUAGAAAUGACCACCCCGCCAAACUGAGCAAUCAGGGGAGAAGGGCCUUGGUCAGGGAGGUGACCAAGAACCUGAUGGUCACUCUGACAGAACUCCAGAGUUCCUCUGUGGAGAUGGGAGAAACUUCCAGAAGGACAACCAUCUCUGCAGCACUCCACCAAUCAGGCCUUUAUGGUGUUGUAGCCAGGCGGAUGCUACUCCUCAGUAAAAGGCACAUGACAGCCCACUUGGACCUAAAGGACUCAGACCAUGAGAAACAAGAUUCUCUUUGGCCUGAAUGUCAAGCGUCACGUCUGGAGGAAACCAGGCACCAUCCCUAUGGUGAAGCAUGGUGGUGGCAGCAUCAUGCUGUGGGGAUGUUUUUCAGCGGCAAGUACUGGGAGACUAGUCAGUAUCGAGGGAAAGAUGAACGGAGCAAAGUACAGAGAGAUCUUUGAUGAAAACCUGCUCCAGUGCGCUCAGGACCUCAGACUGGGGCGAAGGUUCACCUUCCAACAGGACAAUGACCCUAAGCACACAGCCAAGACAACGCAGGAGUGGCUUCGGGACAAGUCUCUGAAUGUCCUUGUGUGGCCCAGCCAGAGCCCGGACUUGAACCCGAUCUCUGGAGAGAUCUGAAAAUAGCUGUAUGAAUGGGAAUGGGAGAAACUCUCCAAAUACAGAUGUGCCAAGCUUGUCGCGUCAUACCCAAGAAGACUCAAGGCUGUAAUCGCUGCCAAAGGUGCUUAAACAAAGUACUGAGUCUGAAUACUAAUGUAAAUGUGAUAUUUCCGGUUUUUUUAUAUAGAGUUGAAAUGUAUUCAAUUUUAAGUUUAUAUCCCAAUAUUACACUAUAUAAACUCAACAAAAAAAGAAACGUCCUCUCACUGUCAACUGCGUUUAAUUUCAGCAAACUUAACAUGUGUAAAUAUUUGUAUGAACAUAACAAGAUUCAACAACUGAGACAUAAACUGAAAAAGUUCCACAGACAUGUGACUAACAGAAAUUGAAUAAUGUGUCCCUGAACAAAGGGGGGUCAAAAUCAAAAGUAACAGUCAGUAUCUGGUGUGGCCACCAGCUGCAUUAAGUACUGCAGUGCAUCUCCUCCUCAUGUUCUGCACCAGAUUUGCCAGUCCUUGCUGUGAGAUGUUACCCCACUCUUCCACCAAGGCACCUGCAAGUUCCCGGACAUUUCUGUGGGGAAUGGCCCUAGCCCUCACCCUCCGAUCCAACAGGUCCCAGACGUGCUCAAUGGGAUUGAGAUGCAGGCUCUUUGCUGGCCAUGGCAGAACACUGACGUUCCUGUCUUGCAGGAAAUCACGCACAGAACAAGCAGUAUGGCUGGUAAAAUUGUCAUGCUGGAGGGUCAUGUCAGGAUGAGCCUGCAGGAAGGGUACCACAUGACGGAGGAGGAUGUCUUCCCUGUAUUGCACAGCGUUGAGAUUGCCUACAAUGACAACAAGCUCAGUCCGAUGAUGCUGUGACGCACCGCCCCAGACCAUGACGGACCCUCCACCUCCAAAUCGAUCCCGCUCCAAAGUACAGGCCUUGGUGUAACGCUCAUUCCUUCGACGAUAAACGCGAAUCCAAUCAUCACCGCGACUCGUCAGUGAAGAGCACUUUUUGCCAGUCUUGUCUGGUCCAGUGACGGUGGGUUUGUGCCUAUAGGCGACGUUGUUUCCGGUGAUGUCUGGUGAGGACCUGCCUUACAACAGGCCUACAAGCCCUCAGUCCAACCUCUCUCAGCAUAUUGCGGACAGUCUUAGCACUGAUGGAGGGAUUGUGCGUUCCUGGUGUAACUCGGGCAGUUGAUGUUGCCAUCCUGUACCUGUCCCGCAGGUGUGAUGUUCGGAUGUACCGAUCCUGUGCAGGUGUUGUUACACGUGGUCUGCCACAGCGAGGACGAUCAGCUGUCCAUCCUGUCUCCCUGUAGCGCUGUCUUAGGCAUCUCACAGUACGGACAUUGCAAUUUAUUGCCCUGGCCACAUCUGCAGUCCUCAUGCCUCCUUGCAGCAUGCCUAAGGCACGUUCACGCAGAUGAGCAGGGACCCUGAGCAUCUUUCUUUUGGUGUUUUUCAGAGUCAGUAGAAAGGCCUCUUUAGUGACCUAAGUUUUCAUAACUGUGACCUUAAUUGCCUACCGUCUGUAAGCUGUUAGUGUCUUAACGACCGUUCCACAGGUGCAUGUUCAUUAAUUGUUUAUGGUUCAUUGAACAAGCAUGGGAAACAGUGUCUAAACCCUUUACAAUGAAGAUCUGUGAAGUUAUUUGGAUUUUUACAAAUUAUCUUUGAAAGACAGGGUCCUGAAAAAGGGACAUUUCUUUUUUGCUGAGUUUACAUCACAGAAGACUGAAACAUAACAAAACAUAGAAACACAAGAUUUUCAUUAAAGAAGUAUAUAUAUAUAUAUAUUAAUUAUGAAAUUAUGAGAAAUAUUAAUAAUAUUCCACCCAUGAGGCCAAAGAGGGCACUUUUGAACAUUGAUUGCAGGAAAGGGCUACCUUUGGUCAUAAAGUCAGAGUUCGUCAUGACUUACAUGGGGGUUGGGUUUUGAUUUCGACAGUGCCCACUUUCCCACUAACACAGGAUAAAACGCUGUGGUGAUUGGCUCUAUCCGAUGGUACGGCAGAACACACACACAGUGAGACAGACCUGCCCAGCAGCGCAGCGGAUCGGACUUUGUUUACAUAAGACAACAUGUCGCGCAUUUCUUACUUGAGAAAUACUGCACUAAACACCUUGGCUAGAUGUAAAAUUGCGUGACUAAAACCUUGUCGACAAAAACCACGAUUAAUUACAGAUUUCUUGAGUUAACUUGGAUUCAAUCUGACUAUUUUGAGGAAGUGAUACUGGCUUUGUUCCUAUGGUGUCUUAUGGGGGACAAACAUCAGUAACUGCCACAUCGAUCCAUCUCAUUUUUCUUAAUGAGCAACAGAUGCGUAAAUAACAGACAUGUUGUGUUUGUUUCUGUCCUGAAGGCCCUAUUACUGCUACUACCCCUUCGCCCUGGGACCACGCUCAUGUCUGGGACAGAGCUUCGCACAGGUGAGCAGACUAUCCAUAGAAAAUACAUUGAAACAACUUGAUUUGGGAGUGCUCUGUGCUGGUCCUAUCAUCCAUCCUAGUUAGAUUACUCCUGGACUACUGCCGCCAAUAUAUACUUUUUAAUAGUUGAGAACACCAUAUUUGUCAUCCUUUAAAGAGAUCUGUUGUUCACAGAUGGAGGCGAAGGUAGUGAUGGCCAAGCUGCUCCAGAGGUUUGACUUCAGCCUGCUGCCUGGCCAGUCCUUUGACAUCCUGGACACUGGGACUUUGAGACCAAAGAGUGGAGUGGUGUGUAACAUCAAACACCGAGGACAGACACCCGCAGCCUGACCUGACUGGGACCUGAACAUGACUAGCACUUCUCUAUAACUUACUUGUCUUAUUCCUUAUAGUUCCUACUGGGGCAAAUGGCCUCUGCCUUAUAAAAUAUCUAGCUAUUUCUAAUGAAAAUUGAUUUUUAGAUACCUUUUUUUUUUUUUUCUUGUUUCAGGUCAACAUCAUAAACAAAUUGUACCUGUGUUCAUACAUUUGUAUUUUCAAAAUGAAACAAGGAAACAGAAAAUAAUCAAACACCAAAACAAAACAAUGACAGUAAUCCAAAACUCACCAAAACAAUAAGAAUUCACUUUCAGUUCUCUGAAAAUAGAUUUUGAACAGUUGUUUAUUUUUUUUAAUCAAUGGUGAAAUAAUAUCUUAAAUAUAACGGUUCUAUUUGAUGAAGAGUGACUAGGACAGACCUGACAUAGGAGUGUUUGUAUUUGUACCGAUUCCUUGUUGCUUAAUACACUCUUAUCCUGUUGUUACUAUGCAGUAUACCAUUUAUCACAUUAUAUAAAGAGCUUUAUAAAGUAUAUAUUAACUUAUUUGAUGAAUUUCCUAACCAACAUUACCACAGUGCCUCUGUUGGAGAGCAUUUACUAUAUAUACUAGGCUUGGAGGGAAGCAAAAGUCA